UCUAAAAAGACAUUAAAUAAUUGUUAUAUAAGUAAAGGAUUAUUUGUUGAAUGGUGUAUCAGUUCAAAUGAUUCAGACAAGGGGAUUAUGGUGUUAAGAGGCUUUAAAUUUAUUGUAGUGUUAAAUUGGAUUUGUGUAUUGUACCUUUUAAAGUUUUUUGACCAACUUGAGAUUGUUGAUUUAGAUUUGGAUUGAUCUUCUUAAGUAUUUUUAUAAACAAAUUAACACAUAAAAAUUAUACUUCAGUUGUGCAUCUGUUGAUUUGAAAUGCAUUGACUAUUGUGUGUUAUAAAAAUUUGGAAUUCUGACUGAAAUUUAACUUUGAAAGGAUCUUGUAAGAAAAUAUUGAAAAAAAGACAGAGGAAAACUUUUUUAAUAUUUUUCUUCAGUAGAUUAGACAUUUGUUGAAAAACUUGCUCCAUUGAAAUGUUCUGCCUUGCUAGGAAAAGCUUUAAAAAGUGGAAAUCUUUAAUAAUUUGUGUAUUUUAUGAAAGUGUUAUUUCCAAUUGAAACAUUCCAGUGUGAGUUACAUUUUGGAAAGAGACUAUUGGAGAGAUCCACCUGCAUAUUUGUGAACGGUUAACAAAAUAGAAACCAUUCUUUCCAAUCAGGUCAUAUAUGGGUCAGUAAAUGUACCUAUAGGGAUAUAAUGUGAUGUGAAUUAUUAAUGUUGACCAUAGACAAUGUUGAAUAUCUUUAUGAUGAGGAAAUGUAAUUAUGGCUUGGUUUGUUAUAAUAGUAAUUAACAAACAGUCCAGUCAGGCAGAUCGUCCACGGAGUUCUCGCCAACACAGUUAUAACCACAAUUUCCGACGACCAGGGGAUCCAGUUGGUCCACCUCGAGUUAACGGUCACAGUAAACAUCAUGGUCAUUCAUACGAUUCUUCCACCGUGCUCAGUAGUGAUAUAGACACCACUAGUUUCUUUGAUACCGAUGAUGACAGUCGAUUUUCUACAGUCACAGACACAACCAACCGAACUGCCUCAAAAUAUGGCCGUCAAAAGCGACGACAAAGACGGAAACAUCGGAUGCCCCCUAUUAGUCGGGCAUCGUCAUUUAGUAGUAUUACAGAUUCAACAAUGUCCUUAAAUGUUAUUGUGGUUACAUUAAAUAUGGACACAGUAAACUUUUUAGGAAUCAGUAUCGUAGGCCAAAGUAACAAAGGUGGUGAUGGUGGUAUAUAUGUUGGUUCCAUUAUGAAAGGUGGUGCUGUUGCUCAGGAUGGUCGUAUAGAACCUGGUGAUAUGAUUUUAGAAGUGAACGGCAUUAGCUUUGAAAAUUUAAGUAAUGAUGAUGCAGUUCGAGUUUUGAGAGAAGCUGUACAAAAACCUGGUCCAAUUACACUAGUCGUAGCCAAAUGUUGGGAUCCUAGUCCGAAAGGAUAUUUUACAGUCCCUCGACAAGAACCUGUGCGACCUAUUGAUCCUUCUGCAUGGGUAGCACACACUACAGCAAUGCAACAAAAUUUCAUGCAUGGGAUUGGCGGACCAAGUCCUUCAAUCAGUAAUAUGACAUCAACGAGUUCAUCAUUAACUAGUUCAUUACCUGACUCUGAACGUUUUGAUGAUUUGAAUUUAACAACAAACACAGAUAUGGCCACCGUUGUCAAGGCAAUGGCACAACCAGAUUCUGGUCUAGAAAUUAGAGACAGAAUGUGGUUAAAAAUAACAAUACCUAAUGCUUUUAUAGGAUCUGAUUUAGUUGAUUGGUUAUUUACUCAUCUAGAAGGCUUUACUGAUCGAAGGGAUGCUAGAAAAUAUGCAUGUAAUUUAUUAAAAGCUGGAUAUAUUCGACAUACUGUGAACAAAAUUACAUUUUCUGAACAGUGCUACUAUGUAUUUGGUGAUAUUUAUGGAAAUGGGCCACUGUAUCCAGAUUUAUCUGCACUUAGUUUAGAAGAUGUUGAUUCUGUGUCUGAAGCUGAUCGUGAUACAUUAGCUCCGUUACCACCGCCAGCUUGGAACAAUCAAUACCCUUAUACUAACAAUACUUAUAUACCACAAAACAUUAGUUAUAUACCCCCGUACAGUUAUACUAGUACAGACUCACAAAGUUAUAUCGGCUCUUUUGUUGAUGGUAUGGAUAAAAAUUCUACUGUUGGUGCUGGUGGUGUGAUUGGACUGUCGAGUAUUGGUAACGGAGGAGGCAAUAAUAGUGGUGGCAGUGUACACAGUGCAUCAGUUCAUAAUGCCUGUUGUUUGCCAAUGAAAUUCCAACCAGCUGCGCAGAAACUUCUAGCCAAAACCUUCUGUAUUGACAAGGAACCCAACAACAAUGUCCGUGGCAAAAAAUCGCCACAGACACACUCAAGUUCCAAGGACCAAUCAAAAGAUAACAAAGAUGCCAAACAGAAGGAUGAUGUUCCUAGCAACAAUAAUGACAAUGAAGGCACUGUUGCUAAGGAACUGGUGACUACGGAGGAAAAUGAGGCUGAAGCUGGGAAGCCAGGAAGCAGUGCCUCUGGAAGUAGCAGUCGCAAAGAAAAGUCACAGAAAAAGUCUCCCGGCAACAGUGGAAGCGAUUCUGAAACAGCAAGUAUAGUGAGUGCCAGACAGCCUGGUGGCCCACCAAAUAGCAAUCUUGUAAACAUACCACCAGAUGUUAGUGGCAGUAGACAGUCUUUCAGAAUGGCUAUGGGAAAUCCAUGUGAGUUCUUUGUGGAUGUGAUGUGACCAUAUAUCUCAAGUCACAUGUUUGUCAUGUGACAUACUUAUCAAUGUAUUUGCAUGUUUUUUUAAUUGUAGAAAGGAUCAACGAAAGAUCAAAUUUUGUAUAAAUAAUAUUUUUGACGAAAUUCUUAGAAGUUUUACUUGUACAGGAAAGAAGUAUGAAUUAAAAAUAGCAGAUAUUCUGUGUGUAUUGUAUGUUUAUAUUUUUUUCUGAAUAUUGUCUUUUAGAUACCCCAAGCUUUUAAUAGAGUGCCUUCAUCUAUUUCAAAUUUCUAUUUAAGCGUUAUUCUGAAAGUGGACUUUUAUACUUAUUAGUAUCAAAAGUAAUCAAAAUUUUAUUCAAGUUGCAAAGCUGUUGAUUAUUUUUUAGGGGAAAUACAUUAUUUUCUGCAAUAUUGGGCAUCUUUUUCUCAGGUUUUUUAAUCUUAUAUUUUGUAAAAAAAGUCUCAUGAAAAUUGUCUCUUGCUUGGUUUGAUUUGUUUGUGAUACUUUUCUAAAUGAAAAAAUCAAAAACCAUUUUAUUAAUACUUUAAAAUGAUUUGAAAUCUUUUUUAACAAAAUUCAAAAUUAAAGUUUUGGGCCUUAGUACAUAGAUCUAGACGUCUAGCUAUAGUGACUUGCCUCAUGGUAAAACCAUUGGUAUUCACACUUUAUGAAAAAAAGACAAGUUUUCCUAUAAUAUCUUAGAGUUAUAAGGGCUGAGAUACAUUCUAGAAAUUCCUUCAUAUCCAGUUCUUAUUUCAUUCUGAAAUAUGAAAUAUUUACUUGCAGCAGCUUCUAUAACAUCUCAAUUCUCCUCCAAAUCUAUGAAACACAUUGGGAGGAUGGAUAACAAAUCUGUGAUUAAGGUACUUAAUAUUGUCCAAGCAAUUUAUGACUUACCUAAAUAAAUUUUUAAUAAUGAAUUAUAUAAAAGUGUAAAUUUUAUUGAAUAGGUCACUAUAGUCUGUUUGUUUCAUUUCACUGUAGGCGAUUCAGUCAUCGACUCAUGACCCUUCAUCGAACAGCUUCCUGGGUAACUGGAGUGUGUGAUGGUGGUGACCUACAGAACAUCUAAUUAUUAUAUCUCUUGUCCUGUAUCUGUUUUUAACCUUCACGUGUAAUACUUAGUUCUUCAGUAUAUGGCUCCUUUUCUCCCUUUUUAUACUCUGAGAUUAGUUUUUCACUCUUUUAUUUUGAUAUUCAAAUCUCCUUUCAGUUUUGCAUGUUGUUUGUCUCCGAAUUUGGAUUUUUUUUAAUUUAUUGGUCAUACCAUUUUUUUCCUUCAAAAAAGAUCUGAUACAUGUGAGCUUGUGUUGUCAUUGAUGUUCUGUACUUUUACAAGCAUGUGAUUGGUUGAUUCAAAUUUUUAAAAAUUGGUGCUUUAUUUUAAUUGGUCAAUUCUUAUCAUUUUGAUUGUUUGAAAUUUUGAUGAUUUCAUUAUACCAAUAUUUUACUUUAUUUAUAAAUUGUUGUUUUAUUUGUCAAUUAUAUUUUUCAAAACCAUUUUACUGCCUGUUGUCACUUUUUAAAGUUGUAAAUUUUUUUUUGUUCUCUUUCAUUUUUAAGAAUUAUUUAAUAAACAUGACUUUUGUAUAACCAACUUGCAAUGCAAUUCUGUUUUGUAUCAAGCUUUAAGCAGUCGUUGUAAUAUUUAUCAGGUUAUGAAUGUUAACAGCCUAAAAAUUCACUCUGUAUAUUUGAACCAUGCAAACUUUCUCAAAGGCAGAUCAAUAAAGGGUACUCUAACUGAUGUUUAUUUUGGUUUGAUAUUGUUAUGUAAUUGCUGUCUUAUUGACAUAUAACCCAUAUCUUAAAUUAUAAACUUGUUUUUUUUACUACAAUAAAUAGAAAAAACAAGCAAAAUGGAGAUGUACAUGAGACUAAAAUAGAUUUUUUUAUUAAAUUUUCCCACUCUGUAAGAUCCUUAUAAAAGAAUAUUACAUCAGCAUUAUUGAAGCUUGAUAUAAAUCACCUCAUCAGUGGUUACAAAAACCGUAAUUAUAAAUCACAUUUGGAGAAUUUAGAAAAUGUAGGAAUGUAGAUGUUAGUAUUUCUUUAAGGAGUAUGGCAUUAAAGGGAAGGGAAUAUUAAGUGUUUACAGUCUUUCAAUUAUUGACGCUGUAAUUAGGAGUGACAAACACUUUCAUUGACAACGAAGAGUUGGUGGAAAAAGCAAAGAUAACUGUCAGUUAUGUGUGUUACUUUUAAGUUUUUCAAAUAUUUUAAUUACAGUUUAUCUUUGGUUGAGCUGAAAACGUUUGAUAUCAAUAGUUAUUCUUUAUUAUAAUUUGGUUAAACCUAUAAAUAUCAUUUUCAACAUCAUGCUUUGCAUGGACAGUAGCCCAUUCUUGUCCAGUUUAGAACAGUCUACAACUGACAAAGAGAAACAAAUUGCUUUAAAAGUAAUAAAAGAAUCAAAUUUGUAAUUGGCAAAUAACUAUUGUUAUAAACAUCAUUGUACAUUUAUUGAUAUGCCAAAAAAGAAGGUUUGCCUAAUUGAAAGUGGAGAGUGUAGAUUUUGAUCAGUUUUUGUAUAAGUAUUCUACUCUAAGAGUGGUUUGUAAGGAGUUGAUUUAUUUGAAUGAUUUCAUAAACAAUAUAUUUCAUAAUCAUUUAUAUCCAUUUUUUAGAUAGAAAUAUUAAAGAUAUUUUUAGUUUACAGAAAUCUUGAACAAUUUGGAAAUACUAGAAUACCAUUAGUCUAUUAUUAUGUGAAGUAAAAUUUAUUUUAUUUUAGAUUUAACAUUCUUUAAUAUAUCCUCAGUAACAAUAAUUCCAGAUUUCUUUACUUAGAUGAGAAUUUACCUUUUUUUUAUAGUACUCUUUGUUUCUUACAGGUCUUUCUAUGCAUAAACUUCCUUUAUAAGGAACACCUCCAACAUUGGAGUUUGUAAAAUUCUUACAUUUAUAUUUAACCAAUUUUAGUACACUUUUGAUUGAUUGAUUGAUUUAUUUAUUGUCUGGGUAGAAAUUAUUGAAUUGAUUAAGAAUAUUUCAGAAAUUUUGUUAUUAAAUUUCUUACAUUGAUUUAUUUUUUAAUUUGUUUUCUUUCUGAAUAUUCUUUGAAAUAUUUGUCUCUUGAUAUUAAACAAACAAAAGUUCCUCAAUGUAUUUUUAACACAAGCUAAAAUGUUUUGCUAUUCUUUAUAUUUAAUAUGCUAUCCAAGGGUAUCAUGUCUCUUUCAAAAUGUAAAUUUACAUCUGUCUUUUAAUUGAGAAAUGGCAUUAUUUCAUAAUGUAAAAGAAAAAACUUAUAUAGGUGUCUGUAACUUGAACUCUUUAAUAAAUAUUUCAACUAGAUGUAUUAGUUGGAACAUCAAUUUCAAUAUUCCAAAUUCAAUAAGAGACAUUAACCUUGGAAAUAAUUACUCACAAUUACUAACAUACAAAAGUUUUCAUGUUAAACCACUUAGAAGGUGCCAAAUACAAAAUAUUUAAUUUGAUAACUAUUUAUGUUCUUUCAAAUAUCAUAUAAAUAUCAUAUAAAUAUCAGAUUUUAAGUUGUGCAAGACAAAUUUCAGUUUCUCAUAAUCAGCAAUAAUGAACUUGUUAAUGGUUUGUUAUAUGUAGAGGCAAGUAAUUGUUUAAUUUAUUCACAACCUUUGUAGACUCUUGACUUAAAUGAUUUAGAGCUUGAUAUAUUGUAAAAGACACCUGUCUUUGGUUUAAAACUGUAUGUUGCCCGCUACAUGUUUUUUUUUUUUUUUGCUGUUGGGUUGCUGUCUCAUUGACAUAUUACCCCAUAUCUCGUUUUAUUCAUGUGCAAAAAAAAACAGAGUUGUCUUUUCAUUUAAAAAAAAAUGGUAUUUUGCUGUCUUUUAAUCAGAAUUUAUAUGUAUCAAUAUUUUAUAACAUUACAAACAUGAGACACCAAGAACUCUCUUUUAUGUAAAUUUUUUGAAUCUAUAGAUAAUAUAUUUUGAUACUUUUACUGUCUAAUGGAUUUUUCUAAGUAGAAGAAUUACAAUUACAACCUAGUACUUUUAUAAAGCAUGACUAAAUUGCAUGAUAUCUCACAUACUAUAUGUGUGACUCAGUCUUUCUCAACAAAAUUACUUAUUUUACAUGAAAAACGUAUGUAUCACCCAAAUAAUCAUUUCAGUUUAUACCAUUAAAAAUAAUUGAAAAAUUAACCAUUAAACAUUUAAGAAAUCAUACAUGAGAAAGAUUGAAAUUUUGAGAUCUCUAGAAUAAUUGGUGCUGUUGCAAUGAAUUUCAAGGUAAUAAGAUUAUGGGAAACUGAAACAUGAGCCUGUCAGUGAGUGUUUAAAUUAAAUGUGCAUUGUUUGUAGGAAAUUGAAUUUGUGUGUUUUUGCAUUGAAUGAUUGGCAAGAAUGUUACAUGAAUGUGCAUUUGGUAUAAUCUGGGUCCUAUAGAUGUUUUAUAGCCUGUUUCAAGAUUGUAUAACCAUUAUAGUCUGUUCCAUUAUAACAAGGCUGUGUAAUUUUGUAUAUUUCUUUCGGACAAGGUUAUCCUCAGAUAAUAAAUAUUUUAUAGUUUCUAAAUGUACAUAUUUUUUCUGUUUUUUUUUUCUUGUAAUAUGUUAAAUUAUAUUUUAUCUCUCUCCAUAGAUUUACAAAACUAUCUCAAUUUAUUUUAUACUGGUUGAAAUGCUACUAGUACUUAAAUUUGUACCAUGCAAAUUAUUUUUAGAAGUAGGGACUAAAAUAGAAUCAUCAUUUCUCAAAUUUACAGCUAAUUUUAAGAAAUGUGGAAACAGUUAUUAAUGUCUAUCUUUAGUAUUAUAAUGAACAAAAUCUAGAAUCUAGAUUUUUAUAACUGAAUUAAGGUUGUUGUUUAAGGUUAUAGUGACACUCUAGUGCAAUUACAUAGUGUUAUAUAAUUUGUGUUCUACAGAGGAUCACCUUGUCUUACACCCUUUCAGAUAUCAAAUUGUAUGUUUGGCCUUUUGCUAUUUUGUACAGAGAAUUUAGAUGAUUGUGUACAUGAAUGACCUAGAUGGUCAAAUAAAUUGCCCAAGUAAAGUCA